AAUACUAUCUCCUUCCAUAGAACAUGCAAAACAAACUCUCUCUCCUCUUUCUCAAACCCAAGUAAAUGGCAGAGAAGGAACAAGGUCCAACCUAUCCCUUGGCAGCAGCCAACGGCCAUGCCCGAGUCGAUGAGGGGGCUGCGUCGGCAGCAUCCAAAGAGCUACGCCGCAAGAAGCGCAUGAAGUGUUUGAUAUAUAUUGUUGCCUUUGCAGUGUUUCAAACUGGUAUUAUCUUGCUCUUUGCACUCACAGUGAUGAAAAUUAGAAACCCCAAGUUCCGAUUCCGGUCCGCUACGUUUGAAAACUUCACUGCUGUCCCUGCAACUCCUUCAUUCAACUUGAGAAUGAGUGCUGAACUUGGCGUGAAGAACACUAACUUUGGUCACUUCAAGUACCAAAACAGCACUGUUUACUUCUUCUAUAAAGACUCACAAGUUGGUGAGGCCAUUGUUCCGAAGGCGCGAGCUCGGGCUCGAUCAACCAGAAAGUUCAAUGUCAUGGUGGAUCUCAGUUCCGCUAAUAUACCGAGCAAUUCGCGACUGGGUAGUGAUUUGAGUUCUGGGUUUUUAACUCUUACUAGUCAGUCCAGAUUGAAGGGGAAGAUAGAGUUGAUGAAGGUUAUGAAGAGGAAAAAAGGAACUGAUAUGAAUUGCUCCAUGGAAGUUGUUAUUGCAACACAACAGCUCCAGAAUGUUAUGUGCAAAUGAUUGUAUGGUGUUGUUUUGCGUUUGGGUUUUUGAAUUAUAUAGGGUGUAUAUGUAUUUUAUUUUUGAAAGGGGGAGGUAUGUGUUGAUACUGUAGCCCCUUGUAUGCUUAUUCUCUCCCUCUCUUUUUUUUUUUUUUCUUUUUUCUUUUUUCUUUUUGGUGAUUGUGCUUCACAUGUGUUGAU